GCUUCUGUGUAUUUCUCAUCUCAAAUAUGGGUAGAGGAGGCUCUACUAGUUCUUCAUCCUCGCUUGAAAGCAGCAAUUACCCAGCUCUUACAAGUAGGUCGUCUUCUCUCUAUCAGCAAAAUCGUGACCUUAGCACAGAUCUUAGGCUUGGACUUAGCAUUUCAACUUCUCAACAAGGCAAUCCUUCUAUACCAAGUGAGUCCGAUUGGCCACCUAUCAAGCCUAUUCUAAAGAAGGCAUUAGCAGCAGAAGAAAAUGAGUGCGAUAGUGCUACCUUCUUUGUCAAGGUUUACAUGGAAGGCAUUCCAAUUGGCAGAAAACUGGACCUAUUAGCCCAUGAUGGUUACCAUGACUUGAUAAGGACUCUUAAUCAUAUGUUCAACACUAGCAUUCUCUGGGCUGAAAUGGAUGGAGAUGAACAUUCAGAGCAGAACCAUGUGUUAACAUAUGAAGACAAAGAAGGAGAUUGGUUGAUAGUUGGGGACGUACCAUGGGAGAUGUUCUUAUCCUCUGUGAGGAGAUUGAAGAUCACAAGGGCAGAUAUCUAAUGCUUUUGGUUCAUCCUUUAUUAUGAACUCGGUUUCUUUCUCAGCUGGGGAUCAUUGGAAAUAAAUAGCUAGGAGUAGUGCAAAUGUUUGAGAAUGACAUGUGUACAUUCCUAGAAAGUUUAAACUGCUUUCGCUAACCCGGACAUUCAUCGAUAAGGCCAUCCCUGCAGACAAGAUCGUUGGGGUUUCUCCAUCAACAAGCACCCCCUUUAAUUUAGUGGGUUCUCUUGGGCUUUUCAUCUGCAUGGCAAAUCAGGCUUGCCCCGGAAUGUACUCUUGAUAGAGCAGCUAUAGGCAUCAUCACUCUGCUGCCGGACUUCUGGCUCCUAAUGUGGACUUAAUCACCAAGGUGUGGAUUUGAGCUAGGAUAUUGGCGGUGACUGUGUUAUUCUCUAUUUGGGUUUACAAUGCUAAGAAAAUGUUGAAUUGUUUGGGUUUACUACAUGGGGAAAAUGUUAAGAAAAUGUGGAAUAAUUUUCAUUAAUA